AACCAAACUUUAAAAAAGUCGUGUCCAAUUAUAGAAAGAAAAAAAAAAUCGUGUCCGAUUUCACCAACGCCAUAACCAUGACCUUACAGUUUCGGAGUUACAGUGAUUGUUCGUCACGUUCGCGAUGAUGCUUGUGCUGUCAUAUUCAUCUCUUUAGUCCUCAAUCGAAAUCUCCGCUCGCGAGAAGAAAACCCUAGAAAGUUUGGCGGGAUUGAGUGAGGAAGAUGUGGGGAUUCGGAGGAAAGCACUACUGGAGAAUGAGAAAUGUCCAAGGAAGCGAAGGGAUCGUGGUGGUGUUCGCGUGGCUGUGGAGCGAAGAACGCAAUCUGAAGAACUACGUCGAUCUCUACUCUUCGAUUGGAUGGGACUCGCUCGUUUGCCAUUCCCAUUCUCUCAACAUUUUUUUUCCGGGCAAAGCAGCAGUUGUAGCUUCUGAAAUCGUGUCUGAACUUGCGAAGGAGCUAAAAGCAAGGCCAGUUCCUGUUGUGUUUGCAUCCUUCUCGGGCGGUCCAAAUGCGUGUAUGUAUAAGGUUAUUCAAAUACUUGACAGAACAUGCGAAACUGGACUAAACCCGGAUGAUUGUCGGUUGGUUAGGGACUGCAUCUCGGGAUUUAUCUUUGACUCAAGCCCUGUGGAUUUCACUAGCGACUUGGGAGCUCGGCUUGCAGUUCAUCCUACUACUCUUAAAGUGUCACAUCCACCAAAACCAAUUGUAUGGGCAGCAAAUGGUAUUGCUUCGAGUCUUGAUUUCGUUUUCCUCAACCGGUUUGAAUCUCACCGAGCUGAGUACUGGCAAACUCUUUACUCUACUAUCACCAUGGGAGUUCCAUAUCUCAUUCUAUGCUCUGAAAACGACGACCUUGCUCCUUACCGUACUAUACACAAUUUUGUCACACGUCUCAAAGAGCUUGGUGGAGAUGUAAAACUCGUUAAGUGGAAUGACUCCCCUCAUGUAGGUCAUUAUAGGCAUCAUCAGGUAGACUAUAAGGUUGCUGUUUCCGAGCUCCUAUCGAAAGCAGCAUCAUUAUAUUCACAGCGGACACGCAAUCUUCCAAAGGAAACAGCAAUGGGCACAGAAGAGACGCAUUACCAAGAUGAGAUUUCACUCUCAAAACCGAUUCACAGCCUAAGGAAAGCAACCUCUUGUCUCCACCCGAGCUUUGACGGAAUUCCUCUGAUCACAACCGAUCAUUUCUUCGUGCCCAGCUCGGUGAGCUACUACGUUGGAAGAGGCGAUGGCGGGUCUGUGCGGGAGGAACACAAGGAAGGCAUGAUUCGUUUGCCGAGCUCACAAAACGACAUCCUCAAUUUCAACGGAGUUCUUGGUCAGAUCCUAUUCGAUAUUUACAUUCCAAAAGACAUGGAGGACUGGGAUGUGACGAUGCCGGAUUCCGACCAUCUGAAGCGGAGACCGGCGAAGUUAUAUCCGAUGAGAUGUAUACGUAGGUCGAGACUGUAGCAUUCGAACCCUUCUCUUUGAUCAUUCACCACUGAGUGUUUUUGCCAAGGAAGUCCAAUGCCUUUUUUCUUUUCCCUUGGAAACGUGCCUCUUUUAUGUUGCGACCGCCGUCGCACUGUUCUUGAGCGAAAUCUUUGUAAUGACAAAUGACAGUGUUAAGUACAGAAUGAUCCGUACGUCAACUGAUUAACUGAA